AUGUUGUCCAAAGCACAUCCUAAAUACGAGUACUCCUACUCUGUUGCUGAUGGACAUACCGGUGACAAUAAGUCGCAGCACGAGAGCCGCGACGGUGACGCCGUGCAGGGUGAGUACUCCCUAGUGGAGGCUGAUGGCUCCGUGCGUAAGGUGCAGUAUUCCGCUGAUGACCACAAUGGCUUCAACGCCAUCGUCAGCCAUUCCGCUCCCGCGCAUCAUGGUGCCCCUGCUCCUGUGCUCCUUGGCCAUCACUGA